CACUGGGCGGCUGGAGGCCAGAAAUGUGCCGUACACUGAAUCGUAGCGACAACAGUAGGAUUCAACACGCCCUCGGUCCAUCAUGUCAAGUCCCAGUUCAAGCCUAGAGGGUCACCUGACCCCCGUGUUCUUCUUCUCCCAUGGCUCGACGAUGAUGCUCGGCGAGGAGUCCGAGUCGGCCACCUUUUGGAAAAAGGCAGGCGACGAGGCGCUCGCGAGGGGCAUCAAGGGUGUCAUCAUGAUGGGCGCGCACUGGGACGCCCUCGGCGACUCGCGCAUCGACGUGGCGACCAACCCGAACCCGGGCAAGUCCCCCGUCGCCUUCGUCCACCCGUCCAAGUACGCCGACUACAAGCUCAACUCGGACCUGGCCACGGCCCCGCGGUGCCUAUCACUCCUCCGCGCCGCCGGCUUCGACGCCCGCGCCAACCCGACCUUUGACUGGAUCCACGACACCUACCUCAUCCUGAUCCGCAUGUUCCCCGCGGGCUGCCCGCCCACGGUCCUCGUGUCGGCCAACGCGCGCUACGACCCGCACGAGCACCUGGCCGUGGGCGCGGCGCUGCGCCCGCUCCGCCGCGAGGGCUACCUGCUCGUCGGGUCCGGCGGCGCCGUGCACAACCUGUACCGCAACGUGUGGGCGCCCAUGGUGCGGUUCCGCGACAACUUUGCCCAGGAGCGCCCGCCCGAGCCCUGGGCGCUCGAGUUCCGCCAGGCCGUCGAGGACGUGGUGCGCGGCAGCGGCGGCGGCGGGCCGAGGCUGCGGAGGGCGGCGGCGCGGCUGUUCAAACACCCGCGGUUUCGGGACGCGCACGCCACCGACGACCACUUUGUGCCGCUGCUGUUCGUGGCGGGUGCCGUUGGGGAGGAGGAGGACGAGGGCGCGCCGGGGAGGCUGGUGGCUGAGACGUGGGAGCUGAGCAACAUGUGCAACAGCCAGUUUAUGUUUGGGCAGUGGCCGGGGGAGCAGGUUGGGGCUUGUUAAGGGUUAUUCGCGCCGUCAAAAGUCACAAAGAGAGGACAGAUAGCAUGGUGAAUUUGAC